AUGGAUGGAUCAGAAGAUGAUUUGGUCUUUGAUUAUGAAUUGUUAAAUGAGAAGAAUGCAAAUAAUGAAAAUUUGAAAAAAAAUAAAUAUGAAGAAGUCGAGUUUGAUAAUGUUUGGGAAUAA